CACCACCAUCUUCCAUUAUCAUUAGAAUUGAUAAUGAAAGGAAAGCAGCUCAAGUGACAGCUGACUUGCUAGCCGAUGAAAAAUCAACACUUGCCCCCCAAAAAGCAAAAUCUUUACUGACUCAAUGAUCAAACAACAAUGGAAGUUCUCAAAUUGAAAGGAAGGAGCCAAUGCCCCAAUAGUAUCCUGACCAGUAUCCCUUCAGCGACAGAGAUGUCGAGAUUUGGCAGCUGAAGCCAUUGCAGGAGGAAGAGAGGCCGCCUCCCAGCUAGCGCUUGAAGAUGCCACCACCAGAAGUGCUUCAUUACCGCUCUCUCGUAAUCCCUCUCCUCAAAAUUUCGCCUCCAACCAUCUCCCCUGACUCCGACCAACCACCUGCGCGUAAGCAUCCCAUCUUCAGAGCAGAUCAAAGCAUGAAGUUCCCCGCCAGAAAGCUCCUUCCCCUCCUCGUCUUUCUCCUCUCCAGCUUCUCCAUCUUCAGACUCCUGAGGAUCGCAAUCACCACCACCACCACUUCUUCUUCUUCUACUACUGUUACCCCUCCAUUGCUCCCUCUGCCUCCACCAAACCCAACGACCGGACCGGUCGCCUCACGCCUCUCCAAGAAGGAGUUCAAGCUCCUAACCAGCCUCGUCAAGAGCAGAGCGCCCUGCAACCUGCUGAUUUUCGGCCUCGGAAAACAGUACCUGAAGCUCUCCUCCCUCAAUGCAGGGGGAAACACUCUGUUUCUGGAGGAUGACUCCGACAAGAUCAGCGACACUCAAUCCGACAAAUCCAACGCCACCUGGAUCCACAAAGUUGACUACCCGCUACCAGCAAAGAAGGGUUACGAGCUGCUGAAGCAUGCCAGGGAGACUGCAGACUGCGGACCGGAUAAAGCCUCGAGCCUGCAGCUUCAGAAUUCGACCUGCAGGCUCGCGCUGAGGACUCUGCCGCGCCAGGUGUACGAGUACGAGUGGGACGUGGUGGUGGUGGAUGGGCCCAGGGGCGACUCCCCUGACGCGCCAGGCAGGAUGUCGGCGAUCUACACAGCUGGGGUGUUGGCCAGAGCCUCGCCGAAUGUGACGCAUGUGGUGGUGCACGAUGUUCAUCGGACGAUUGAGAAGUGGUUCUCGUGGGAGUUCCUCUGCCAUGGCAACAUGGUGUCAUCGAAAGGUAAACUCUGGAGCUUCCGAAUUGGAGGAGAACCCAGGUCGGGGAGGUUCUGCCCCGAUUAACGGCACACAGAGUACGUGAUGGUCUCGGGGAUGGAGGAAUCUAGCUUGGUUUUUGCCGUACAGAGUGUUCUGACUGCCUUGACGAGAUCUACAACGGAAGAUACAUCAGUUUAGGGGCUUCUUAGGCCUGGGGUAGUUGAUUCAUUAUAUUAGACACUAGCAUAAACCCGCUUCGCAUGCGAGUGAGCGAGAAUAUAACAUUUUAAACAUUAAUAGUUUGAAUUUUGAUCUAAAAAUAAAGGGCUUGUCAUCUACUACUUUAUGUAGUCGAUGCAGCGGUGAACUUUAAUAAACGAGAAGGGUCGUCGAGCAAAAGAUUUCUAUGUUAAAUAUUCUUCUGUAAUAUCAUCAGGGGCGGACCCAAGUUAGUCUAAGGGUUGUCAAUUUACAACCCUUGGAUCCAAAUUUGGGACAAAAAACCUUUGUAAAAUUUUGUUUUAGUGGUGAUAGUAUUGAGAUAUUAUACUAUUUGACAGCCCUUAAUGAUUUUGGUCUAUCGUUGAAUACCGUUAAUAAAGUUUCUGGGUCAGC